AUGUCUCAAUUAAACGGUUCAUCUGUCAUGGACGAGGAGAAGGGCCUUAACCGGACCCAAACGGCCGUCACCAUGUCUCCGGAGUUGUUUGAGAAGCUCUAUCUCACACCAAAGGUGCCGCACGCCGGCAACAACAUCAAGCGGUUCGCCAACCCGACUCCGCUGGGUUUCAUGGGUUUCGUCAUCGCCGGUUUCUCUUUCAGCAUGAUUCUCAUGGGCUGGGGUGGCUCAUCGGGCGCGCAGCCCAUUGUCGGCAUCUUCUUUUUCGGCGCCAUGCUUCUCAUUGUCGCUUCCAUCUUCGAGUGGAUCAUGGGCAACUUUUUCUCCAUGCUGACCAUGGGUGUCUUUGGCGUCUUCUGGCUGUCCUUUGGCAUUCUCCUGUUCCCGACGCUGAACCUCACCGCUCCCUACAUUACCGCAGACGACCCGACCGGCCUGGCGUCGCCUGCCUGGAACGCCGGCCUGGCCCUGUUCCUGAUCGUCUGGGGCUUUGUCAUCCUCACGCUGACCAUCUUCACGCUCAAGAUCAACGUCGUCUUCGUCGUCAUCUACUGCAUUCUCAUCGCCUUCUCGUUUGUCAUGUCCGGCUGCUACUGGCGCCUGUCCCAUGGCGAUGUCCACGGCGCCGCCAAGCUCCAAAAGGCCGGCGGCGCGCUGCUCUUCGCGGCGGCUGCCUUGGGCUGGUACAUUACGACAAUCAUCAUUGCCGGCGAAAUGCGCUUCCCCUUGCCGCUCCCCGUCGGUGACCUGAGCCAUUUGUGGCCCGAGACCAACGUCGCCCUGACCGACGACAAGCGUGACUAA